AUGGAUCACCACUCUAAAGCUAAGCAGCUCCUCCAGCAACGUGAUGAGCUGGACGAGAAGGUCAAAGAACUGAUGCUUGUUCUUGAAACGAACAACAGUACCAUGGAUUCGCCUCUGAUUGAUGCCGAAGGAUUUCCACUGAACACAAUUGACGUGUACGCUGUUCGUCACGCGAGACAUGAUCUCAUUUGUCUCCGAAACGACCGUGCUGAGUUGACCGAGAAGAUUGUUGCAGAAAUGGAGAAGGAAAAGAAAGAAGAUGCCACUGGUCCAGUCGUUUCAGAAGAGAAACCAGUUCAUCGAACAUCAAAUGAACCGUUUGUCAAGGUUUCUUCGGUCGUCGAGUUGUCUCCAGCGGAUAUUGGAGGAUUCAGAAAAGAUGAUCUGAUCAUUCAAUAUGGAACUCUUCAUUAUGGAAAUUUCAAUGAUAUGCAACAGGUUGCUGAAAUCACAAAGCAAUCUGAAAACAAAAUUAUCCGUGUGACCGUUAUUCGUGACAAUCGUCCGGUUCGUCUCGAAAUUUGUCCGAAGAGAUGGUCUGGACCGGGUCUUCUCGGAUGCAACAUCGUUCCAAUUGCUGGUGCAAAUGUCUGA